AUGGCGACUACCACCAACCGCAUUGAGAAGAUUGUGACCCGCAACCCUGACCACCAGUCGGCCCUGGAGCUCGCCCAGCUGCCCAAUGUCACCUUCCACGUGGGCCACGUCGAGUCCGAGGAGUUGCUGCGCGAAGCCAUCCGCGGCAUGGACGCCGUCUACCUCCUGGCCAACAGCUUCGCCAUCGGAGAGAAGGCCGAGCUCCACUGGUCCAUCCGCGCCUUCGAGCUGGCCCGCGAACUGGGCGUCAAGCUGUUCCAGUUCUCCGGCCUGGACUACUUGCCCAACAAGGCCGGCUACGAUCCCAAGUUCCGCUGCGCGCACUACGACGCCAAGGGCCGGGUUUCAGAGUGGAUCAAGAGGCAGCCAGUGUCGCCCAUGAAGUGGGCGAUCCUCACCUCG